CGAAAAACGCGCGCGCAACAGCUGCACACGGAAUUAGCGCUUGAAGAGCAAAUUCCCUUGCCGUUGAGGCCAAAUAAAAUGCGCAAAGCGACUGCCGUCGCACUAUCACCUUCGGUAGCAAAUCUGUUGGCAACUCAGCGGAUGAUCGAUCUCGAGAGACCACUUGUGAAGUCGAAGAAGUAUCCGUUUUUUAAGACACCACGCAUUGGGUCUAGACGCAUUCGAAAUCGGCUCGUUCAGAAACAGGGAAUAUGUAACAUAAGCCUCAAGAAUGUGCCGAAACAGCGCCGAAAAUACUUCAGGCUACGGUUUUCGCGAUUUUUUCUUAGGUAUCCAACCGAUCAAUGCCCGUUGACAAUCAUUACGAUGUGCGUACAGUUUAUGUGGGGAGUAAUGACACAGACCUUAAUGGCUGGUAUCAUAUUCUCCAAGCUCGCACGUCCAAUCAAGCGUGCUGCUACACUCAUCUUCUCGAAAAACGCUGUGAUCUGCAUGCGGGAUGGCAAGUUGUGUCUUCUUUUCCGAGUUGGCGACAUGAGAAAGAGUAGCCUUGCAGAAGCUCAUGUUCGCCUACAGAUGAUCAAACGUUGUGUAACAUACGAAGGCGAACUUCUCCCAUUUCACCAGUUCGAUAUGGAUGUCGGCUAUGACCGAGGUUUGGAUAGAAUCUUUGUGAUCUGGCCAAUAACCAUUUGUCAUGAGAUAGAUGAGAUGAGCCCUCUUUACGACGUUGGAGAAGCAGACUUGAGAAGUGCCAAGUUUGAAAUCAUUGGCAAGUUUCUUUGGAAUAUUUCGUAUUGCUUUUUUACCUGGUAUUUUUUUUCUUCAGCAAUUCUCGAAGGAGUCGUUGAAAGUGUAGGAUCGACCACUCAAGCCAGGACAAGUUAUCUACCCAGUGAAAUCUUAUGGGGAAAACGAUUUGAGAAGCUAGUCCACUACAAAAUGGAAAACGGUCAGUACAACAUAGACUUCUGCAAAUUUCACAAUGUUUAUUCUGUGAAAACUCCCAGUUGCAGUGCAAAGGAAUUGGACGAGUUACGAGUGAGUUGA